UUACUCACUCAUCAGCGAAGAAGACACACAGCAGCAGCAGCAAGGUAACCAGGCAGAGAGAGAGAGACCAGGCCAGGCCAGGCCAGGCAACCUAUGUACAAGUGAAAUUACUACAAUCGUCACAGUACUGUGUUCAACGCGACGUCGACGACACAUCGGGGGGAGCUUCGUCGGGAUUUGUUCGUGGAUUCUAGAAGAAAUUUGGUAGACACUUUUUUUUUUGUUCGCGUAGAGUAGAAGUUUUACGGCUGCUGGAGCACUGCCUCAGUGAUUCAGGGGGAAAAUCUGGAAGUGGACUUUGUGGCGCCCACGACCUGAGCGAGCGAGAACAAAGUGCGUGUGCAUCAGAAUUUUCUGGUCCAAGGACAAACGAAGACGACGGGGUUUUGGGCCAGCAGAGAUGACUAGCAGAAGUGGGAGUAGGAGUAGGAGUCGAUAGCAUCUCGAAAGGGGUGUCAUCACGUACACGGAUUGGUCGAGUCGCUGAAGAGACCUCGAUUUUUACUUCAUUCUCCAAGAUAUUCACACGACGAAGAAGCGAAGAUAAUUUUCUGAUUGAAGAAGGUGUCACAUAAGCAGCGAAAAAGGGGAAAAUUAGCUUCAAAGUUGUUGCUGUGGAGAAGCCUUUGUGUGAGGAGUUCCUCACGACGACGACUUCACGUAACCUUGGAAGCAGCUGGAAGUGGCACGGGAAAAGUUUUGUGGCGAAGUUUUGCACGCGGUACCACAGCUAGUAUCGCGUAUCUAGCAGGUCGAAGAGGCAGGGCGAUACUGCUUGUGGUGCAAAUUUGAAAAGCAAGGAAAAAAAAGAAGAGUGAGGCUGAAUAAUCAGCGAAAAAUUGCGUCAGGAGUAACGAGCGAAGAGUCUGAAUCCAAAGAGUUAGCAGCAGCAGUGAUUCCAAAGGAAGAUUGUGCGAAAAGAAGUGGAAUCGUGUGCAAACCAGCACCCUGAAUCAUCGCCCAAACCCCCUCGGGAUCUUCUCAGAACGAGAUCUUCGACGACCCGUGAAGUGAAGCGAAAUUUGUCGGAUUCUACCCCCGAACGUAAGCAGUAUAAGCAUAAGUAGCUUAUUUAGCAUUUAGUUUGUAUAGAUUUUACUACAACGUAGUACAAAGUGUAGCGCUUAAAGAUGGCCAAAUUCAGUGGGAAAAAGUGCCGCCUGCUGACGGUGAUGACGCUGACGGUGUUCUUCUUCUUCGUCGAGAUCGUCGUCGGCUACCUGACCAACUCGAUGGCGCUGGUCGCGGACAGUUUCCACAUGCUCGGGGACAUUGCCGCGCUCGUGAUCUCCUUCCUAUCCAUUAAGAUGUCACCAAAGAAGUGGUCCAAAAAUACGUUCGGCUGGGCCCGGGCGGAAGUGCUCGGCGCGCUGGUCAACGCCGUGUUCCUGGUAGCACUCUGCUUCAGCAUAACGAUAGAAGCCUGCAAAAGAUUCAUUGAGGUGGAACACAUACACCAGCCGGAACUGUUGAUCUGGGUCGGCGUGCUCGGUCUUCUAGUCAACCUUCUCGGGCUGUGUCUACUUCACAAACACGGAGGUGGCCACAUGCACUCCCACGGUGGAAUGCCCCACUCGCACGGCAUGUCCCACGGUAAUCUUGCCCACGUGGACAACUCGGAGGAGAACAAGACCUUUAUGUUCCAGAAUGGCGACUCCCCGCCGAAGAAGCCCACCCACCACGGCCACUCGCACGACUCGUCCCAGAUGAACAUGCGGGGCGCGUUCCUGCACGUGCUCAGCGACGCCCUCGGCAGUGUGAUCGUCAUCAUUAGCGCGCUGGUCGUGCGGUUCACCGAGUGGGAGUACAAGCUGUACAUGGAUCCGGCCCUGUCGAUCCUGCUGGUCAUCCUGAUUCUGCACUCGGUGUGGCCCCUGCUCCGCGAGUCCGCGCUCAUUCUGCUGCAGACCGUUCCGACGCACAUCCAGGUGGACGCCAUCCAGCGGCGGCUGCUGGAGAAGGUGGACGGAGUGCUGGCGGUGCACGAGUUCCACGUGUGGCAGCUGGCCGGCGACCGGAUCAUUGCGUCCGCCCACAUCCGCUGCCGGAACCUGUCCGAGUACAUGAAGAUCGCCGAGAAGGUGAAGGAGUUCUUCCACAACGAGGGCAUCCACUCGACCACGAUCCAGCCGGAGUUUGUCGAGAUCGAGACGCUCAACAGCUACUCGGGCUCCGACGGCAUCUCGACCAGCCUCAACGGCAGUGCCACCCAGGACUGCUGUGCCCUAGACUGCCCCACAACUGACGAAAGCAGUUGUAUCAAAGCCACAUGCUGCCAAAACAACAAUACCAUCAAGAAUCAACCCUCAUCCCCAACACCAUCCCCAUUUUUGUGUCGCCAAAGAACCUCCAGAGGAGGAAAUGACGUCGAGUCAGGAUCCCUGCUGGACCAAGCCAACCCAACGUCCGCGUCGGCCCCCGACACGGACGCAAGCGGUCUGCCCAAGUUGACCGUCUGACAGCUUAGCGCGGGCAACAACAGCACCUUCAACAACUCCCACUCCAAACCCAUCAACACGAACAGCUACUACCACUCCCUGCAGCAUCCGACCUGUACUUCUUCGACAACGACCUCCCCAUCAAACCCGCAGCAACAGCAGCCGUCGUCCCAUCGUCCGUUCAACCGACCACUUUCCCCACUUCUUCUUGGCUGUGACGGUCGUCGCGUCGUACUGAGCUCCUCGGGACUGGCCGCCGCGUCCAGCAGCUUGCUCGAGAGCUACGUCAACGGGUCGGACUCGCCCCUGCGGAACCUGUACUGUCAGUGCAAGCACCACGCGGCCACGGCCCAAUAAGAUAGACAGAGAGAGAGAGAGAGAGCGAGUAUGAGAGAGAGAGAGAAAGUGAAGAUUAAUUUAAUUAGAGUUCCGUUUUUACACGCGGUACAAACUUUUUUGACUACCUACACAAUUAUUAUUAAGAAGACCGCGAGAGAGAAAGCUAGAGUUCAGCGAGUGCGUUUUGAGUAUGCAACCGAGAGGAAUUAUUUUUAACUUUAAAACAGUUUAGUUUGUACUAUCAGUUGAUAAUACCCCGUUUCAAAGAAAAAAACCCGACUAGGCUUAGGUUUGUUGGUAGAUAACAAUAAAGAUUUUUUACAAAGCAAAGCAAAGUCAAAUCGUAAAGUAUUUUAUGUCGUAGAUCAAUUGAAACUUUACCCUGUAACCGGAACACAGACACACACACACACAAACAACCUCUGUGAAGGCAUGACAUUGGUCAUUGAAGCCGUUCAAAUUGGAACAGACCAAACAAUGAGAUAGCAAGUGAGAGUUGCAUGCCAUGUUGCAUGCAAUGUGCGCAGUGUUGCUUGGUUCAGCAACCAGAUGGCGACGGAAAAAUCUUGCAAAAAUGGUCUUAAUUUUUGCUAGCCGUUCCUUUUUCUUGCGAAUUUGAGGUGUGUCACUAAGUAUUGUACAUAUUUUCUAGUUUUUUAGUCAAGAAUAUGAUUUAUAUUUGAACAUUGGAAAUAAACUCUCGUGAGAAGAUUGUGUUUUCACACAAAACAGUGGUUGUUGAACGAAUCAGAAUUGGUAAUAUGUGACAUCCGUUAGGAUGUACGAGGGCAAAAACUGGGGUGAUUCGGGACGGAUAGAAUGGUAAACUCCUUAUAAAAAAACGUCCAAGAAACAGUUAAAAAAUGUCACAAGAAGAUUUGUCUUCAUCGGUAACCAGCUGAAAAGUAACAAUAACGGAAAAUGGCGUUUGAAGUUUCUUAGCGCUUUGCGUGUUUGUAGUAUGUUUUGAUAAGAACAUUAAUUAGUUUAGAUUUGUUUACUUGAAUGUGUUUGUAAAUUGCAAUUUUUUAAAUAAUUUGAUUUCGACCUAAAAAAAAAUAAAAUCCAGUGUUGCGUCAUAAGGCCGAAACUCAAAAGGACGAAAAACUUAUGGCUGGAUUUUUUUUACACAAUGUUAGAGAAAAGUUUAAUGAAAAUUGUAUAAUUUUUGGCAGAAAAAUGCACACUUAGAUUUCUCUAAAAAAUCGGUAAUUUUUAAUUCGGUAAACCAUUUGUCAAAAUAAACUGAAUUUUACCGAAAAUCGGUUGAACGUUGAACAAUAAUGAACUUCAUUACCGCAGUUAAAAAAUCGGUAAAUGUUACUAAAUUCGGUAAUCUAUUACCAUAGAUUUCAGAUGCUUUUGAAUUUCAAAAUUUCAAAACUCAGAAAAGCAUGAAUUUAAAAAAUGGAUUUUAAAAUUUUUAAAUUCAAACUCACAAACUAUCAAAAUUUCAAAUAAAAAAAAUAAAAUUCAAAAUUCGAUGAUUCGGUAAUUUUGGAAUACACCCGUCCGAAAAAAAAAAUCAAAAUUAAAAAUUAAAAAUCACAAUUUUAUUACAGUCCGUCCGUAAAUCACAAUUUUAUUACAGUCCGUAACAAAAUUUUGAUUUUUACUAAAACUUGGGACUCUAUCUGUGAUCAAAUUUUGUGUAAACUAAGGUGGCGAUACUGGGAUACUUUAAACAUUUCAUUUUGUAAUAUAGUAGGCAACCAACAAGUCGUUUAAAACUAAUUUGGGGUCGAUGAACUUUAAAAAUAGAUUUGGAUUUUUUAAUGGUUCGAUAUUUCCGAAGUCCAUAAGGAAACCUUCGGAUAAUCGAAUUUUGGAUAUUAGAAUGUUCAGGUAAUCGCAAUUUCGGAUAAUCGAGUACGGGUUUUGAGUUUUAAAAAUUUAAUGUUUUGAAAUUUCUUAUUCUUUUUUUAUAUUUUUUGUAAUUUUUUUAAACUAUUUUAUUUUAAUUUCAAGAUUUUCAUUUUUUAUUUAUUUAUUAGCUAUGCACAUCAAGUUACUUAAAAACUACGGGAACAAUCGAUAUAUUUUUACUUCUCCCCUAAAGUACUGUCUACAAAAUAAUGUACAACAAAGUUUGAGUAUUUUUACAAUCAGAUUGUUGCAGCAUUCGGUCCGUGAGUUUGGCAAUUUUAGAAUGAGUAGACAACAAAUUUCUUGGUUUCAAUUCUGAUUUUGAAAAUUUUAGUUUUUUUUUAAUAUUUUGUUCAGAUUUUUUUCAUUUUUGGGCCAUCCGUUGACACUUUUUCUUAAAAAUUCUGAAACUUAAAAAAAAAUGGCAGCAGAUCGUUAAACUAAAAAAAAAUAUUUUCAUGAAUUCAUUGAUAUUUUACCAAUAUUUGACAAUAGCACCCUUCUAGUUCAAAAUUUAAGGUUUGAAAUUUGAAUAUGAGGAGUUCGACUUAUGGACUUUUCAGAAUAACAGACGUAAAUCAUUGAACAACUUAAACAAAAAAGCAUCAAUCACUUCGCGCUAGAGCCAUGCGCACCUCAAAUAAUGUGCACACUGUCAGGAAUACAGUUUUGACCAACUGUCAAACACGUGUAAAUAAGCAGUGGUGGAUUUAAAAUUUCCGUGGUGAGUUUCUGACCGUCAAAAUGCUGCUUGUUGGAAUUUUUAAACAGAUUCACAUCUGUUUGUCUGUGGUUCGGGAUUUUGCAGCCCUUUUACACGGUACUCACAAACACUACCAAACCAUUACACACAGUGUUCGGAAAGGCAAAAUUAAGUGGAAGAAAGUGCUUCAACUCCUUCAUUUGACGUCCUAGUCAAAUGGUGUCUUCGGAAGAGUUUUGACAUACAGGGUGACGAACUUCCAGGGUGUCAACCAAAAACUAUCUUUGUUGGAAGACGUUGUAGGGGUUUGGUGUCUUUGGCAAAGUUGAAGAGGAGACAAUUUCAUGAAAGUUUGUCCAAGGCGCCAAAUUUGUAGCUCUUAAUCUACUAGAAAUAUACGCCAUUUUUGCAAAAAUGGUCAAAAUGGUUUUGGUGAUAACUCAAAAUGUUAGCAUUUUAGCGGCCUACUAUGUUCUGAAGAGUUGUUUAUGACAUAAAACUACACAUCUUUGCCGAAGACAGCAAUAUGUUUUGAGCCUUUAUUGAGGAGUUAUAACCAUUUUUAAGUGAUUUUGAGCCUAUUUUCAAGUUGCUAUGCCGCAUUUUGGCGCAAAAGUGAACAAAACAUCUAAAAGUACACAUCUGGAUUUUUUUUUGAAAAGGUCCUAUAAACCAAAUUUUCAGUUUUUGUUUUUUGGGUGUUUUUUUAAAACCCUUGACUCAAGGCGGUUUCAAAAACACCCAAAAAGCAAAAUCUGGAAAUUUGGUUUAUUGGACCUUUUCAAAAAAAACUCCAGAUAUUUGCAACUACAUUUCUUGAAAAUAUCUUCAUGUCUAUCGGUGUCUAUUUUUAGAUAUCUCAAUUAGAAUUCGACUGUUUUUAAUCAAUUUAUUUAUAAAUGUUAUUCGAAAUCAUAUUGAAAACGGGGUGAAAUCGGUUAAUUGGAGGGUUUUUUUUCAUGGAAAAUACAUUGUUUAUGCCUAAAAUUAUGACACACAUUCUAAAAUAAUGAACAAAUCAUGUUUAGCCCAAAAAUAAUGCAAGUUAAAAUUUUAAAUAAUUGUUCGUAUUUACAAUUAAGUAUUUCCUUUUAUAUUUGGUCACUUUAAUAAGGUUGUCGUAUUUUUUCAUAAACAAUGUUUUUUUUUUUUUCAUAAAGAUCAAUCAAUUUACUCUUCAAUUUAUCGAUUUUCACCACGUUUUCAACUAGAUUCCACGUAAAAAUUAUAAAUAAAUUGAUGAAAAACCGUCAAAUUCAAACUGUGAUAUCUAAAAAUAGGCUCAAAAUCACUUAAAAAUGGUUAUAAUUCCUCAGUAAAGGCUCAAAACAUUUUGCUGUCUUCGGCAAAGAUGUGUAAUUUUAUGUCAUAAACAAUUCUUCAGAACAUAGUAGGCCGCUAAAAUGCUAACAUUUUGAGUUACAGUCGACUCUCUGGUUGUCAAUAUCCAAGGGACCGUCGAGGAAAAGAAUCAUCAGUUUACAGAACGAUGCAAAAUGAAGAUUCGAUUGAAAAUAUGUUUUUCUUGGUACCCAGCUAUGGGAGAGAAUCAUGGCAACGUCCAACAAACAAAAACAACCUAAUGUCAAACACCCUUCAAAGCUUCGUUUUGCAAAGAAAAAUGUCUAUGCAAGCCAUGAGAUAGUGACAAUAUUGACAACCGGAAGAGAUUUUUAAAGCAAAUAGAAUCCGUCGAGGAAGAGAUCCUCCAAGCAAGAGAAAAUAUCGAGGAAUAAAGCCAAUCGAAGUAUGCAGUUUGAAGGGACUGAAGAAUUCAUCGAUAGAUGGAGCAAUAUUGAUAUCGAGAAGAUCGACAGCCAGAGAGUCGACUGUAUCACCAAAAAAGUGCAUUUUUGGACCAUUUUUGCAAAAAGGUCGUAUAGCUCGAGUAGAUUAAGAGCUACAAAUUUGGCGCCUUCGACAAACUUUCAUGAAAUCUUUUCCUCUACAACUUUGCCGAAGUCACCAAAGCCCUACAAUGUCAUCCAACAAAGAUAGUUUUUGGUUGACACCCUAGAAGGUCGUCACCCUGUAUGUCAAUAACUUCAAAAUAUAGCCCUUAUCAAGUACAACAACUCUUCCGAAGACACAAUUUGGCUAGAACGUCAAAUAAAGGAGUUAUCAAUUUAUUCCACUUAAUUUUGCCAUUCCGAACACUGUGCAUUAUUAUGAGAGUGUGAGCGCCGUGUAAAAAGUGACAGAUCGUCACACGUUAGUUUGACUUUGUCAAUCCAAUGGCGUAAAAAUAAAAAAGUUUUUUUUUACAAAACAGUUCGCUCAUUUUAAAAAGAAAUGAAAAAUAAAACAUUCUAAUAUAAUUUUAAAUAAUGUUUUAAAAUAUUCCAACGCUUUAUUACAACAAAAGUGUCCUAAUCACCCCAGGUUUUCCUUUCUAAAUUUUCAAAAAAGCAGAGCCUGAGAACAAUUUUACCGCAACGUGAGUUUUCGUGCAAGAGUAUCAAAUCAAAAGUGUAUCACACUACAGAAAGCCAAGAUACAAAUAUAAACGGAUAAAUCUUAUAGGUUCAAACGCAUACAAAACACACACAUACCCAGACAAACAUAAGCUAAUCACAUAAACAGGUGUCGUUGAGAAUAAUUGCAGAGAUUUUUUGAUAUAGGUUAUUUCCCGUUGAGUAAAUUGAAGCAAAGUUGUAAAAUAGGAACAAACAGAAAAUCUAUUUAAACUAGCCGAGCGAAACAAAUGCCCAAAAAAAACGUGAUUUACGUCGGAUUAAACGUGAAUGUGUAUAAUAAAAAACCAACAAACGUGUACGUGUGUGACUAUAUUGCCUGUUCAUUAUAUUGCUAUAUUACCUUAAAAACAAAACAAAAAACGGAAACCAAACAACAAACACGAAGCAGCAAAUUAUAUGAUAGACUUGUUCCCCUGUUUUUUCGUCCUUUUCUCAAAACAGAAAAAUGUUGUAAAUGAGGAAACCCCCGCAAGUUUAAACUUUUUUGAUAGAAAGAUUGAUGCUUAUUCUAACAGAGAAAGAGGGAGAGAAAAAAAAACACAAAACCAAUUAACAGUUGAACUUAAAAACAGAACAUUGCUCAAAUGAAACAGUUUGAACACUAAAUAUAUACUUAGCUAAAUGCAAUUCUUAGUGAAAAUGAAACAACAGAACAGAAGAGUAAACAAUCAUUCGCAUUUAUACUGGUUUUUAGAGAAAAUAACAAAGAAACAAACUCAUAAAAUAGACACAUGCAAACG